GAAAGUGCGCCACUGAUAGUUACUAUACUAUGCUCUCACUUUUCCAAGUUUUCAAUGUUUUCCUAUUGAGGUACUGUAACUAAAGAUGGUUUAGUAUGAGAAGUAUGAAGAUGGUUUAGAAACUCUGCUUUAACCUAUGUUUUGUUAGGUUUAGUCAUAGAGUUGAAAAUAGGACUCUUGUGCCCAAAAGCCAGUUUUAGCAUGGGCAGCGCCAUUGAGGACUUUCACCAUUUUGAAGGAGUCAACUGGGUGAGACUGGGUGAGAUAUUUAUGAACUGGAGAUCGUUUCCAAGAUGACAGACUGUUGUUUUCAACGUAAUCCACUCACGGUCACAUAUGCUGUUUUGUGGUGGCUGCCAUCUGCUAAACAGAGCCGAUAAUGUCUGCACACUCAGUGCGCACUGGAGUAGCAGCGACAUCAUCAUCCAGAAACACGACAAACAUUGAAUGAAUAUAACUUUUUAAUAUCUUCAGCUGUGAGUGAUGGGAAAAAACAAGCAUAGCGCUUGCAACUUCAGGGUUAUGGGUUCGAUUGUGGGUUUGACAAACUGGCAAGUGUCUUCACUGACAGUUUCAAACUCUCCCUGACCGAGUCUGUAAUACCUACAUGUUUCAAGCAGACCACAAUAGUCCCUGUGCCCAAGAAAGUGAAGGUAACCUGCCUAAAUGAUUACCGCCCCGUAGCACUCACGUCGGUAGCCACAGGGAGUCCCCUCCUGUACUCCCUGUUCACCUACGACUGCGUGGCCAAACACGACUCCAACACCAUCAUUAAGUUUGCUGACAACCCAACAGUUGUAGGCCUGAUUACCGACAAUGAUGAGAUAGCCUAUAGGGAGGAGGUCAAGUGACAGGAAAACAACCUGUCCCUCAAUGUGAGCAAGCGAAAGGAGCAAAUUGUGGACUCCAGGAAAAGGCAGGCCGAACAGGCCCCCAUUGACAUCGAAGGGGCUGUAGUGGAGCGGGUUGAGAGUUUCAAGUUCCUUGGUGUCCACAUCACCAACAAACUAUCAUGGUCCAAACACCAAGACAGCCGUGAAGAGGGCACGACAACACCUUUUCCCCCCUAGGAGACUGAAAAGAUUUGGCAUGGGUCCCCAGAUCCUCAAAACGUUAUACAGCUGUAUCCUGACCGGUUGCAUCACUGCCUGGUAUGGCAACUGCUCUGCAUCUGACUGUAAGGCGCUACAGAGGAUAGUACGUACGGCCCAGUACCUCACUGGAGCCAAGCUUCCUACCAUCCAGGACCUACAGUGCCUUGCGAAAGUAUUCGGCCCCCUUGAACUUUGCGACCUUUUGCCACAUUUCAGCCUUCAAACAUAAAGAUAUAAAACUGUAUUUUUUUUGUGAAGAAUCAACAACAAGUGGGACACAAUCAUGAAGUGCAACGACAUUUAUUGGAUAUUUCAAACUUUUUUAACAAAUCAAAAACUGAAAAAUUGGGCGUGCAAAAUUAUUCAGCCCCCUUAAGUUAAUACUUUGUAGCGCCACCUUUUGCUGCAAUUACAGCUGUAAGUCGCUUGGGGUAUGUCUCUAUCAGUUUUGCACAUCGAGAGACUGAAAUUUUUUCUCAUUCCUCCUUGCAAAACAGCUCGAGCUCAGUGAGGUUGGAUGGAGAGCAUUUGUGAACAGCAGUUUUCAGUUCUUUCCACAGAUUCUCAAUUGGAUUCAGGUCUGGACUUUGACUUGGCCAUUCUAACACCUGGAUAUGUUUAUGUUUGAACCAUUCCAUUGUAGAUUUUGCUUUAUGUUUUGGAUCAUUGUCUUGUUGGAAGACAAAUCUCCGUCCCAGUCUCAGGUCUUUUGCAGACUCCAUCAGGUUUUCUUCCAGAAUGGUCCUGUAUUUGGCUCCAUCCAUCUUCCCAUCAAUUUUAACCAUCUUCCCUGUCCCUGCUGAAGAAAAGCAGGCCCAAACCAUGAUGCUGCCACCACCAUGUUUGACAGUGGGGAUGGUGUGUUCAGGGUGAUGAGCUGUGUUGCUUUUACGCCAAACAUAACGUUUUGCAUUGUUGCCAAAAAGUUCAAUUUUGGUUUCAUCUGACCAGAGCACCUUCUUCCAAAUGUUUGGUGUGUCUCCCAGGUGGCUUGUGGCAAACUUUAAACAACACUUUUUAUGGAUAUCUUUAAGAAAUGGCUUUCUUCUUGCCACUCUUCCAUAAAGGCCAGAUUUGUGCAAUAUACGACUGAUUGUUGUCCUAUGGACAGAGUCACCCACCUCAGCUGUAGAUCUCUGCAGUUCAUCCAGAGUGAUCAUGGGCCUCUUGGCUGCAUCUCUGAUCAGUCUUCUCCUUGUAUGAGCUGAAAGUUUAGAGGGACGGCCAGGUCUUGGUAGAUUUGCAGUGGUCUGAUACUCCUUCCAUUUCAAUAUUAUCGCUUGCACAGUGCUCCUUGGGAUGUUUAAAGCUUGGGAAAUAUUUUUGUAUCCAAAUCCGGCUUUAAACUUCUUCACAACAGUAUCUCGGACCUGCCUGGUGUGUUCCUUGUUCUUCAUGAUGCUCUCUGCGCUUUUAACGGACCUCUGAGACUAUCACAGUGCAGGUGCAUUUAUGCGGAGACAUGAUUACACACAGGUGGAUUGUAUUUAUCAUCAUUAGUCAUUUAGGUCAACAUUGGAUCAUUCAGAGAUCCUCACUGAACUUCUGGAGAGAGUUUGCUGCACUGAAUGUAAAGGGGCUGAAUAAUUUUGCACACCCAAUUUUUCAGUUUUUGAUUUGUUAAAAAAGUUUGAAAUAUCCAAUAAAUGUCAUUCCACUUCAUGAUUGUGUCCCACUUGUUGUUGAUUCUUCACAAAAAAAUAUAGUUUUAUAUCUUUAUGUUUGAAGCCUGAAAUGUGGCAAAAGGUCGCAAAGUUCAAGGGGGCCGAAUACUUUCGCAAGGCACUGUAUAUACCAGGUGGUGUCAGAGGAAGGCCCAAAAAAUGGUCAGAGACUCCAUAUAGACUGUCCUCUCUGCAACUGCACGGCAAGCGGUACCGGAGUGCCAAGUCUAGGACCAAAAGGAUCCUUAACAGCUUCUACCCCCAAGCCAUAAGACUGCUCAACAAUUAAUCAAAUGGCCACCCGGACUAUUUACAUUCACCCCCCCACCCCCCUACCCCAUUUGUUUUUACCCAGCUAAACUCACUGUUUAUUAUCUAUGCAUAGUCACUUUACCCCUACCUACCUACAUGUACAAAAUAACUUGACUAACAUGUAACCCCGCACAUUGAGUCUGUACCAGUACCCUCUGUAUAUAGCCUCAUUAUUGUUAUUUUUAUUGUGUUACUUUUUAUUUUACUAUUUUUACUUUAGUUUAUUUAGUAAAUAUUUUAUUAUCUCUUUCUUGAAUUGCAUUGUUGGUUAAGAGCUUGUAAGUAAGGUAAGUAAGGUUGUAAUUCAGAGCAUGUUACAAAUAACAUUUAAUUGUAUUUUAUUCCCACGGGGACUAGUACGAAAAAGUAUGAAAAUGAAUGCACUCACUACUGUAAGUCGCUCUGGAUAAGAGUGUCUGCUAAAUUAGUCAAUGUAAUUCAAAUCAUCAUGGGGGAUCAACCAAUUAAUUAUACUUGUGAGUAAACAUUCCAUAACUGCAGGUGCCAGUAUAUCGCCAGCCUUGGCUUUAUACCUGUUCAAACAACACGCUCCAGGGGGCAGUAUCCACCCUUUCAGUUUGUUUACCUACUCAUAGAAGUAGUGAUGAGCAUUCCGUCUCUUUUCAGUGAGCCGGCUUGUUCUGCUCAGCUCACCAAAAAGAGCUGGCUCUUUUAGCUCCCAAACGGAUCUUAAAAAAAUAUAUGUUUGUAUUUUUCAAGUCAAACAGUUUGCGAUAGUUUGACUAUGAUUGGUGUUAAAAAAACAAUUCUAAUUAACUUAUUAAAGGAAGUCAUACUCUACCUUAACCACAAUAUAUUUAAAAAUGCAUUGGUUUGUUAUGAAAAGGAAUGCUAUUAAACAUUUGCAUUUAAUGUAGAACUUUUAAAUGCGCAUAUAAAUCUAAACAUUCAAAACGAAUAGAAACUGAACAGCAUAAUAGAAUAUUGCACCAUAUCAAAGCAAAAUAAAUAACAAUUGGCAAAACUGUAGCGUCCCACAAAUUGAAAUAAAUGUAAAAAAUAAGGAUGCUAUUACACAUGUGCAUUUAAAGUAUAACUUUUGUUAUGUAUAUAAACAAAGUGCAUAUAAAUGUAACAAUUCAAAACGAAUACAAUCUGAACAACACAAUAAUAUAAUUUUGCACCAUAUCAAAGAAAAAUAAAUAACAAUGUGCAAAACUCCAACAUCGCACUAAAAAAAAUAAACGGGUCCCUCUUUUCUCUCUCUUCUUUAUUGCCAUGUUAUAACCAGCAGCACACAGCAAUGCUGACCAUAUUUUUAUUUUAUGAGAGUUGAUUCAGAAAUGCAAGCUGCCUCACUUUCGAGGGGCUGAUGCGGUUUCUUCUCUCAGUAAUUAUUUGUCCCGUUUUCGAGAAGCCCUCUCAGAGGGAACGGAUGUGGCCACUAUGCAGAGUCUCCCUGUCAUGACUUAAGUAAGCCGUGGGUUGACAGAGGCCUUGUUCUUCCACCAGCUCAGAGAAUCUGCAGAUCUUUCAGAAUGAAUGUGUGUGCGCUUGAGCAUUUAGGCCUAUAUUAUUUUAUUUAUUUUUUGGUUCUUUGAAUUAGUUCAUUUUAUUCAUUUAAAUCUUUUGAUUCUUCAUAUCUUAAUUGUUGUAGAUUUUUAUAAAUAGAUUAGGCUCGUCUGAUAUGCGAGCUGGCUCCCAACGUUCACCGCGCGCUCACAGACACCAUCACGGUAGAGAUACAAUAUUGCAAUCUCUAUACAACUCUAUUGGUUUAGGAAACCGCAGAGCUUCCUGGGCCCUUAUAAGACCAAUUAUCCAUUCACGCAAUAAUUGAUAGGUGCUACCUGCCGCUACCAUAUUAUCAUCAACCAACAUCGGUUGUUUAAUAAACAUUUGUAGUCUCUUAUAAUUUAUGUAUUUUCACCAUGAAUUGGCCUAAUCAACCUAACCUAGGCUAGAUUAUUAAAAUAUUUGCUUAUAUUUCACUGCAUUUUAUUUUUCCUUGUUUCUUUGUAGACCUACAUAUAUUUGUAUGCUGCUGUUUUUCUCCUAUGGAAUGGAACUACACAUCCCAAUGUGCGCCUGGUUGUGUGACCCCCCGCCAAUCGAGAGCGUGUGAUUUGGCGCUGAGCGACAUAGACAAGGCCCAAAGCAGGGUGAUUUUGUUACAGCUAGAGGAAGAGGGAGCAAGCGAAAUUAAAAUACAGAAGGGGCGAGAUUUAUACAUAAUUCCCAACAAGGUUCCGCAAAAUACUAGGCCCCCUUAGGUUCUACAGCCAAUAGACAAGACUUGGGGACCGAGCAGUGGCUGUAAAUUGGCCCUAUUAAAGAAUUGCGUUAGAAACGGGGAGGCCUGCACUCUGUCCGAAUAUUUUUUUAUUUGAUCUCUUUUUGUAAAUUGCUCAAAGAAGCGCAGAUAUCUGGUGUAUGUGUUUAGAAUGGGACACGCUGAAGGUCCAGCCAGAGAAAAGGACAGUUAAGGAUGCAGGAGCACAACAAUGGAUUUCUCCUUCUCUUUCAUGCAAGGGAUCAUGGGAAAUACAAUUCAGCAACCCCCUCAGCUCAUUGACUCAGCCAACAUCCGACAGGAGGGCGCCUACGACACCGGCAGCGAUGCGGGCGAGGACGGAGCCCCCUCCUAUGACGCUGCCCUGGAGGCAGAGUUCUCCUACCCGCCCUCUGCCUCCGAAGACAUGCCACCGGUCUCCAAUGGUUACCCCCCUGGGCUGGGCCUGUACGAGCCCCAGGCCAAGUUCUCCAUGUACCCCCAGUUCCCCAACGGCUCGGCCAAUGGCUACGGGGCCAUCCGGGGCUAUGGCGAACACUGCCUCAUGCCUGGGGAGGGAACGGUCCUGAGGGCCCCUGUCCUCCAGGAGAGAUCCCCCUCCCCUAUAUCUCCUCCACCUUCACACCACCCCCACCUCCAUCACCCUCACCACCACCAUUCUCAUCACUACCACCCUCAACUUCACCCACACAGCCCUCCACCCCUGCCCUCCCAACACCACCUCAACCCACCACCUCACUGCAUGUCCCAUGUGCUCCCUCCUCCCCCGUUACUCCUGCCCUCCACCAGCCCUCCCCUGUCCCUGCUGGACAGCACUCACCCUUCUCACACCCCCUCUGCUUCCUCCAUCGGGGUCCUGAAGAAAACCAGCUCUCCAGAGAUCAAGCUAAAGAUCAUAAAGACGUACCAGAACGGGAGGGAGCUGUUUGAGUCUGCGUUGUGUGGAGAUCUGCUGCAGGAGUCCCAGGCCAGCGAGGCCUCCCAGAGCCACCGCAGACACGAGAGGAAGAAGGAGAAGAGGAAAAAGACCGUCAGGGAGCAAGAAGAAGGGCAGGACCAGGAGCAGCUACAAGAGGGCACUGUAGGGCAGGCCAGGGACAUCCAGACCCAGCUACAGCUCCAGACUCACACCCCGGCCCAGACCCAACCACAGGAGCUGCCUGUGGGGCAGACAGAGAAGCCACAGAAGACCCCCAUCAAAGAAGAGCCCGAGACACCUAAGGUCCAGAAGCAGUACCCUACAGUGAUAACCGGUACAGGCUGCUGUAAGGACCACGAGGUGGGGGACCUGGUGUGGGCCAAGGUGGGCACCUACCCCUGGUGGCCGUGCAUGGUCUCCUGUGACCCCCAGAUGAACGUCCACACACGCAUCAACACCCGGGGUCACAGGGAGUACCAUGUGCAGUUCUUUGGCAGCGUGGCAGAGCGGGCCUGGGUCCAUGAGAAGAGGGUGGUCAUGUACCAGGGAGAGCACCAGUUUGAUGAGCUGCAGGCUGAGACACUACGCAAGACUACCAACACCGCAGAGAGACACAAGCUGAUGAAGCCCUUCCCCCAGAGAGAGCGUGCUCAGUGGGAGGUGGGCGUCGGCCAUGCGGAGGAUGCCUUCCUGAUGACUCAGCAGGAACGUAUCGACAACUACACCUUCAUCUACGUCGACCCCGACCCCAAUGCUCCUCCCCCCAUCAAGAAGACCCCCACCAGGGCGGCCGGUCGCACCCAACGUUCUUCUAUCGCAACAAGUAAGAAAGAAGAAGUAGCAGUGACAUCACCGGACCGGGCGGAGCCGUCCAGAAGACAGCCUCGUAGGCAGUGUAGUGUUCCUAAUGCAGACGACCCAGCCGACCCCCAGACCUCAGAGAAAGACCAGAGCCGGGACCCUGGCCAGCCCAGCCCCCCAGCUCGGGAGGCCCUGUCUAAGGCAGGGGGAACCCAGGAGUCCCCUGCCCCUGUACGGGCCUGGAAGACAGCCGCUGCCAGGAAGUUGCUGCCUCUUUCCAUUACCAUGAAGAAACUAAAUGUGGAGAUCACCAAGUGUGACCAAGUGUGGCCUCUUCUGCAGAGGAAAGCCCUGCCCUCACCACGGCGAGAGACGGAGAGAGAGGCGGAGAGGGAGGAGGGAGAAGGCCGACAGGCUGACCUGGGAUACUGCUCACCAGAGCAGGGCUGUGGAGUUAAACCAGAACCCAGUCCAGACGAAGAGGAGAAGAGGGAUGAGGGAGAGGAGAAAGAGGACAGGGAGGAGAGAAGUGACCAGGAAGCAGCACAGCACACCUCCUGUCCUGGGUCUCAGCACAGCACCCCGCCAGGUUCUCAAGAGCGUAAGCAGCAGCGCAGGUCAGUGAGGAGCAGAUCAGAGUCAGAGAAAGGCUGUGAGCCCGUCCCCAAAAAGAAGACCAAAAAGGAACAGGGUGAGAUGGCUCCUGAGACCACUCUGAGAACAGGCUCACAGAAAGGAGCCAGUGAGAUCUCAGAUGCCUGUAAGCCUCUGAAGAAACGCAGCAGAGCCUCCACAGACGUAGAGAUGGCCUCCUCUCAGUACAGAGACACAUCCGACUCUGACUCUAGAGGCCUGAACGACCCGCAGAGUCUGUUUGGGAAGAGUUUGGACAGUCCAGCGGCUGCAGAUGCCGACGAGUCAGACAGCCAGUCAGUGGACUCCAGUCUUUCCAGACAAGGAAGCAGCACAGCCAAGAUAGACACUGUCUGCCAGAUCUGUGAGGUGUAUGGAGAGGGUCUGGUGUCGUGUGAGGGAGACUGCUGUCGGCUGUUCCAUCUGGAGUGCCUGGGUCUCGCCUCCGUACCUGAGGGCAAGUUUACCUGUCUGGAAUGUAGAAACGGCUCUCACUUGUGUUUCAGCUGUAAGGCAGGGGGAGGGGAGGUGUUGCGCUGCUCAGUGGUUGGCUGCGGGAGGUAUUACCAUGACGACUGCGUGCGUAAACUCCCUGGCACCGUGGGGAGUGGUACGGGCGGGGGGUUCCGCUGCCCCCAGCAUACCUGCGCCACCUGCUGUCUGGAGAGAGACCUGCACCAAGCCACCCAAGGGCGUAUGAUGCGUUGUCUGCGCUGCCCUGUUGCGUACCAUACAGGGGACAGCUGCGUGGCAGCGGGUAGCAUGGUCCUCACCCACCACAUCAUGAUCUGCAGCAGCCAUGGCAUUGCCAAGAGGAACGGCCUCCUCUCCUCACCCGUCAAUGUGAACUGGUGUUUCCUCUGUGCCCGAGGACUGUUAGUGCAGGACCUUACUGACACCAUAUUAAGUUCAUAUGCCUAUAAGUCCCACUACCUUCUGACUGAGUCAAAUCGUGCUGAGUUGAAAUUACCUAUGAUUCCCUCUUCUUCGUCAGCUACCAAAAAGAAUAUUGGGAAAGGAGAGAAGCUGCUGUGCUGUGCGUUGUGCCCGGCGUCGUUCCACCCAGAGUGUUUGGAGAUGGCGAUGCCAGAGGGGGCGUGGUCCUGCAGGGAGUGCAGAUCAGGAAGGAAACCCCACUACAAACAGAUCGUCUGGGUCAAACUGGGAAACUACCGGUGGUGGCCAGCGGAGAUCUGUAACCCUCGCCUGGUGCCCCCCAACAUCCAGACGCUCCGCCAUGACAUCGGAGCCUUCCCAGUCUUCUUCUUUGGUUCCCAUGACUACUACUGGAUCAACCAGGGCCGUGUGUUUCCCUACGUGGAGAACGACAAGACCCCUGUCACGGGCCAAAUCAACAUCAACAAGACGUUCAAGAAAGCUCUGGAGGAGGCUGCUCGUAGGUUCCAGGAGCUCAAGGCACAGAAGGAGAGCAGGGAGGCCCUAGAGCAGGAACGCAACUCACGCAAACCACCGCCUUACAAGUUCAUCAAGUCCAACAAGCCGGUGGGGAAGGUGCAGGUGCACAUAGCCGACCUGUCUGAAAUCCCACGAUGCAACUGUAAACCCACGGACGAACACCCCUGCAGCCUGGACUCCCAGUGUCUCAACCGCAUGCUGCAGUACGAGUGUCACCCGCAGGUGUGUCCGACAGGUGAUAGCUGUGAGAACCAAUGCUUCUCUAAACGUCUGUACUCCGAGACGGAGGUCAUCAAAACAGAGGGUUGUGGCUGGGGCCUCAAGACCAACCAGGCCCUCAGGAAGGGAGAUUUUGUGACAGAGUACGUGGGAGAGGUGAUAGAUUCAGAAGAGUGCCAGCAGCGAAUCAAACACGCUCAUGAGAACCGUGUGACUGACUUCUACAUGCUCACCCUGACCAAGGACCGGGUGAUAGACGCGGGGCCCAAAGGGAACUCGUCUCGCUUCAUUAACCACAGUUGCAGCCCCAACUGUGAGACGCAGAAAUGGACCGUCAAUGGAGAUGUACGGAUAGGGCUCUUCACCCUGUGUGACAUAGAGGCUGGCACUGAGUUGACGUUUAACUAUAACCUGGACUUGGUGGGGAAUAGAAGGUCGUCGUGUCACUGUGGAGCUGAGAACUGCUCUGGCUUCCUGGGGGUGCGGCCUACGAGUGCAGUGGUGAUGGAGAAGGAGGAGAAGGCGAGGAACGCUAAGCUGAAGCCCAAGAAGCGUAAGCUGCGACCGGAAGGGAGACGCACACAUGAGUACUUCUGUUUCUGCUGCGGAGAGGGAGGGGAGCUGGUCAUAUGUGACAAGAAGGACUGUCCUAAAGCUUAUCACCUGCUGUGUCUCAACCUCACCAAACCCCCAUAUGGUCGUUGGGAGUGCCCAUGGCAUGAUUGCAGUGUGUGUGGUGUCCCAGCCUCAUCUCUCUGUGACUUCUGCCCUCGCUCCUUCUGCCGGCAACAUGAGGGGGGAGCUCUCACCCCCUCUACCCUGGAGGGUCGCCCCUGCUGCUCCAAUCACAACCCCCUCAGCCCCCUGGGCUCCAACGCCAACCUCCCACAUACUCACACACACCACCCUGGUACGGUUAGUAUCAAAGAAGAGCCAGAGGACCCCGAGGAGGAGCCUAGCCAGCAGGACCGAGAGUAAAGCUGUCUCAAAUCACACCCUUUUCCCUAAAAUAGUGCACUAGAAAUGGAGCACUAUACCUAUGGGGAAUAUGGUGUGAUUAGAGAUGUGCCAUAAAGUGAAAGAGACCAGAACUGCAGCCAACAGUUACACCUGAUAUUCCCAUGGGCUGGACAGAAUGACUGACAGACCGAAGGACUGACAGGCGCAGACUUGGUGUGAGUAGUCAGUGGUUCUAUGUCAGAGAGCGGAGCAGAGCUCCUCUAUCUAAGGAUAUUGGGAGUGGAGGAGAGGGCAAGGGGAGAUGGAGAGGUGUGCCGCACAUCACCCCAAAUAAUCAGUGUUUGUUUCACCACUUCAGUGUGAUUCUGUCAUUUCUACAAGUAUGGAUUCUCAGUGUUAUGUCAUUGGUUACCGGCACUUUGAAGAACUCCGUGAGGGGGAUGGAGAGGGGGUUUAAACCUUUUUCCAACAUGCUGCUUUUCUCUUUGUUUACUUCCUGUGUACUGGGGUUGCUAGUGGCCCGUUGCCAGGGGCUGCUUCACAUUCCCAGAAGGCUUUGCUGUGUGUUGGUGAGCCAGCAGAGUCAGGCCCAACACUCCUACCACCCUCAUCACUCCAGACAUGAUCCAUCGAUCCCUAUCUGGCUCUCCUUUCACAACAAGAAGAAAAUAGAUUUGUGCAAUUUUCAGGAUCACACUAUAUUCCGACAUUCCUUAUACCUGUUUUUGAUACACUUAUGAAUAUAUAUAUAGUACCAGUCAAAGUUUGGAAACACCUAUUCAUGUAGUAAGUAAUAAAGUUGAAACAUAUCAAAAUAUAUUUUAUAUUUUCUUCUUCAGAGUAGCCACCCUUUGCCUUGAUGACAACUUUGCACACUCUUGGCAUUCUCUCAACCAGCUUCAUGAGGAAUGCUUUUCCAACAGUCUUGAUGUAGUUCCCACAUAUGCUGAGCAAUUGUUGACUGCUUUUCUUUCACUAUGCGGCCCAACUAAUCCGAAACCAUCUCAAUUGGGUUGAGGUUGGGUGAUUGUGGAGGCCAGGUCAUCUGAUGCAGCACUCCACCACUCUCCUUAUUACACAGCCUGGAGAUGUGUUGGGUGAUUGUCCUGUUGAAAAACAAAUAGUCCCAAUAAGCGCAAACCAGAUGGGAUUGCGUAUAUCGCUGCAGAAGCACCAUCACACCACCUCCUUCAUGCUUCACGGUGGUAACCACACAUGCGGAGAUAAUCCGUCCACCUACUCUGCGUCUCACGAAGACGCACCGGUUGGAACCAAAAAUCUAAAAUUUGGACUCAUUAGACCAAAGGACAGAUUUCCACCGGUCUAAUGUCCAUUGCUCAUGUUUCUUGACCCAAGCAAACCUCUUCUUCUUAUUGAUGUCCUUUAGUAGUGAUUUCUUUGCAGCAAUUUUACCAUGAAUUCUUGAUUCACACAGUCUUCUCUGAACAGUUGAUGUUGAGAUGUGCCUGUUACUUGAACUCUGUGAAGCAUUUAUUUGGGCUGCAAUCUCUGAGGCUGGUAACUCUGGGUCUUCCUUUCCUGUGUCGGUCCUCAUGAGAGCCAGUUUCAUCGCUUGAGAGUUUUUGCGACUGCACUUGAAGAAACGUUCAAAGUUCUUGACAGUUUCCGUAUUGACUGACCUUCAUGUCUUAAAGUAAUGAUGGAUUGUCGUUUCUCUUUGCUUAUUUGAGUUGUUCUUGACAUAAUAUGGACUUGGUCUUUCACGGGAUGGGCUAUCUUCUGUAUACUACCCCGACCUUGUCACAACACAGCUGAUUGUCUCAAACACAUUAAGAAGGGAAAAAAUCCCACAAAUUAACUUUUAACUAGGCCUACCUGUUCAUUGAAAUGCAUUCCAGGUGACUGCCUCAUGAAGCUGGUUGAGAGAAUGCCAAGGAUGUGCAAAGCUGUCAUCGAGGCAAAGGGUGGCUACUUUGUUGAAUCUUAAAUAUAAAAUAUAUUUAGAUUUGUUUAACACUUUUUUGGAUACUACAUGAAUCCAUAUGUGUUGUUAGUUUGAUGUCUUCACUAUUAUUCUACAAUGUAGAAAAUAGUACAAAUAAAGAAAAAACAUUGAUUGAGUAGGUGUGUCCAAACCUUUGACUGGUACUGGUGCCUUCAGAAAGUAUUCACACCCCUUGAAUUAUUCCACAUUUUGUUGUUACUGCCUGAAUUCAACACUGAUUUUUUUUUCUCACCUUACACACAAUAAUCCAUAAUGACAAAGGGUAAACAUGUUUUAGAAAUUUCUGCACCUUGAUUGAAAAUGAAAUCUUUAAUUAACAUAAUUAUUCACACCCCUGAGUCAAUACAUGUUAUAAUCACCUUUGGCUGCGAUUACAGCUGUGAGUCUUUCUGUGUAAGUCUCUGAGAGCUUUGCACACCUAGAUUGUUCAGUUUUUUCCCCAUUUAUUAUUUUCAGAAUUCUUCAAGCUCUGUCAAAUUUGGUUGAUCAUUGCUAAACAACCAUUUUCAUGUCUUCAAUAGAUUUUCAAGCAGAUUUGAAGUAAAAACUGUGACUCGGCAACUCAGGAACAUUCACUGUCUUGGUUAGGAACUGCAGUGUAGAUUUGGCCUUGUUUUUGAAGUUAUUGUCCUGCUCAAAGGUGAAUUAAUCUCCCAGUGUCUGUUGGAAAGCAGACUGAACCAGUUUUACUCUGGGAUUGUGCCUGUGCUUACCUCCAUUCCGAUAAUUUUUAUUCUGAAAAACUCACCGGACCUUAAUGAUGACAAGCAUACCCAUUACAUGAUACAGCCACCGCUAUGCUUGAAAAUAUUGAGUAGUACUCCGUAAUGUAUUGUGUUGGAUUUGCCCCAAACACAACUUUUUAUUCAGGACAAAAAUAUAUAUUGAUUUGCCACAAUUUUUGUUGUUUUACUUUAGUGCCUUAUUGUAAACAUGAUUUUUAUUCUGUACAGGCUUACUUCUUUUCACUCUGUCAAUUAUGUUAGUAUUGUGGAGUAACUACAAUGUUGUUGAUCCAUCCUCAGUUCUCUCCUAUUACAGCCAUUUAACUCUGUAACUGUUUUAAAGUCAUCUCGGAGCGGUCCGGACACCUGUAUCUUUGUAGUGACUGGGUGUAUUGAUACAUCAUCCAAAGAGUAGUUAAUAACUUCACCAUGCUCAAAUGUUUACCCAUCUACCAAUAGGUGCCCCUCUUUGCGAGGCAUUGGAAAACCGCCCUGGUCUUUGUGGUUGAAUCUGUGUUUGAAAUUCACAGCUCGACUUUUGGAGCUUACAGCUUAUGUGUGGGUUACAGAGAUGAGGUUAACACUAUUAUUGCACACAGAGUGAGUCCAUGCAACUUAUCGUGACUUGUUAAGCAAAUGUUUACUCCUUAACUUAUCUAGGCUUGCCAUAAGAAAGGUUUUGAAUACUUAUUGACUCAUGGCAUUUCAGCUUUUCAUUUGAAUUAAUUAGUCAAAUGUUUGAAAACAUGAUUCCACUUUGACAUUAUGUGGUAUUGUGUGUAGGCCAGUGACAAAAAAAUCUACAUUUUAUCCAUUUCAAAUUCAGGAUGUAACAUAACAAAAUGUGGAAAAAGUCAACGGGUGUGAAUACUUUCUGAAGGCAGUUUGUGUGUGUGUAUAUAUAUAUAUAUAUAAAUAUAUAUAUCUUUUAUUUUCAUUGUAUAUAUAUAUAUAUAUAUAUAUAUAUAUAUAUAUGCUGAACGAAAAUAUGAACGCAACAGUUUCAAAGAUUUUUCUAAGUUACAGUUCAUAUAAGGAAUAAAUUCAUUAGGCCCUAAUCCAUGGAUUUCACUGGGAAUACAGAUAUGCAUCUGUUGUUCAAUAGAUACAAAAUUAAGAUCGGGGCGUGGAUCAGAAAACCAGUCAGUAUCUGGUGUGACCUCAUUUGCCUCAUGCAACGCGACAUCUUCUUCGCAUAGUUGAUCAGGUUGUUGAUUGGCUGUGAUCAUGUUGUUCAGUGGCUGUGCUAAGUUGUUGGAUAUUGGCCGGAACUGGAACAUGCUGUCGUACACGUCGAUCCAGAGCCUCCCAAACAUGCUCAAUGGGUGACAUGUCUGGUGAGUAUGCAGACCAUUGAAGAACUGGGACAUUUUCAGCUUCCAGAAAUUGUGUACAGAUUCUUGUGACAUGAGGCCAUGCAUUAUCGCGCUGAAACAUGAGGUGAUGACAGCGGAUGAAUGACACGCCAAUGGGCCUCCAGGAUUUCGGCGCCGUAUCUCUGCAUUCACAUUGCUAUUGAUUUAAAAUGCAAUUGUGUUUGUUGUCCGUAGAGUAUGCCUGCUCAUACCAUAACCCCACCGCCACCAUAGGGCGCUCUGUUCACAACGUUGACAUCAGCAAACCACUCUCCCACACCACGCUGUCUGCCAUCUGCCUGGUACAGUUGAAACCGGGAUUCAUCCGUUUCGAGCACACUUCUCCAGCGUGCCAGUGGCCAUCGAAUGUGAGCAUUUGCCCACUGAAGUCGGUUACGACACCAAACUGCAGUCAGGUCAAGACCCUGGUGAGGAUGAUGAGCACGCAGAUGAGCCCCCUUGAGACUGUUUUUGACAGUUUGUGCAGAAAUGUUUUGGUUGUGCAAACCCACAGUUUCACCAGCUGGUCCCAGAUUAAUCCACAGGUGAAGAAGCCAGAUGUGGAGGUCCUGGUCUGGCGUGGUUACACAUGGUUUGUGGUUAUGAGGCCGGUUGGACCUACUGCCAAAUUCUCCAAAACGAAGUUGGAGGUGGCUUAUGGUAGAGGAAUGAACAUUAAAUGAUCUGGCAACAGCUUUGUUGGACAUUUCUGCAGUCAGCAUGCCGAUUGCACGCUCCCUCAAUUUGAGACAUCUGUGGCAUUGUGACAAAACUGCACAUUUUAGUGGCCUUUUAUUGUCCCCAGCACAAGGUUUACCUGUGUAAUGAUCAUGCUGUUUAAUCAGCUUCUUGAUAUGCCACCCCUGUCAUGUGGAUGGAUUAUCUUGGCAAAGAUUACAUUUGUAUUUUUGUUCAGUGUGUGUAUGUAAUAAAUAUAUAUAUACACACACACACACACACACACACACACACAUUCACUAAGUGGUCAGUUUAUUAGGUACACCAGCCGAUUCACAAAAAUGGUUCACUCCUACAGACAGUGAGUCACGUAACCAUGGUUUUCUAUAUAAAGCAGGCAGAUAGGCAUUGAGACAUUCAGUUAAUGUUUGAUUAAAUGUUAAAUGGGAAAAACGAGUGACCUAAGUGACUUUGAGUGUGGUAUGAUUGUCGGUACCAGGCAAGCCCGAUGCUAGUAUCUCAGAAACGGCCGGCCUGGGCUUUUCACGCAUGAGUGUCUAGGGUUUACCGAGAAUGGUCCGACAAACAAAAAGCAUCCAGUCAGCGGUAGUUCUCCGGACGAUAAAACAGCUCGUAGAUGAGAAGUCGCAGGAGAAUGGCAAGAAUCGUGCAAGCUAACAGGCGUGCCUCAAACAGGGAAACAAUGCAGUACAACAGUGGUGUGCAGAACGGCAUCUCGGAACACACAAGUCGUUAAUCCGGGUGGGCUAUUGUAGCAGACGACCACACCGGGUUCCACUCCUAUCAACUAAAAACAAGAAUAAGUGGCUCCAGUGGGCACGCAGUCACCAACACUGGACAAUUUGGGGAGUGGAAAAACAUUGCCUGGUCCGAAGUGUCCCGGUUACUGUUGCAUCAUGCUGAGUCAAGAUUUUGCAUAAGCAGCAUGAGUCUAUGGCUCCAUCCAGCCUGGUGUCAACGGUACAGGCUGGCGGUGUAAUGAUGUGGGGAAUGUUUCCUGGAACAUGUUAGGGUCCUUUGAUACAAAUUGAGCAACGUUUCCAUGCCUCAAAGAAUUCAGGCUGUUCUGGAGGCAAAGGGGGGUUCGAUAAGCUAGAUGGUUGUACCUAAUAAACUGGGUCCGAUACGCUAGAUGGGUGUACCUAAUAAACUGGGGGUCCGAUAAGCUAGAUGGGUGUACCUAAUAAACUGGGUCCGAUACGCUAGAUGGGUGUACCUAAUAAACUGGGGGUCCAAUACGCUAGAUGGGUGUACCUAAUAAAUUGGCCACUGUGUGUGUGUAUACAUACUCAGUGGCCAGUUUAUAUAUAUUUGUUAAUGUUUACAAACAGAUUAUCUCACUUCAUCUCGGUGAAUGGUGUAUUGUUUGUUUAGGUGUUUAGAAUUGUGCAGAUCUCCUUGUGAACAUAGUCCUUCUAAUAAGGUGGAUUAUAAGGGCAUAUAGUGUAAUGUAUGACAUCACAUCAUUACAUUUAAGUUCCAUUUGUCAGUUCCCCAGUCUCACUCUCCAUUGUGGACAUAAUUGGUUCAUAUUGUAAACCGCAAGUGUUUAAGAGGAGGAGAGGGGAGGCAUUCUCACUCUUCUAUGACUGUCCCCCUUCACUGAAACAGACAGGGAUGCAUUUUUGGAGAGGAAGUUACAUUUCAUUCAAAUUGAGAGGUUGAGCAGCAUACUUUCUGGUGAUUAUUUCCUCCUAGGAUUUAGUGUUACACUUCAUUAGAUUAGUGAAGUGUUAUAUUAUACAAAUAUGGUCAAAGUCUGUUUGUACACGGUAAUGCAGCCAGCCUUGAGGGACUCAUUUCCAACAUACUGACCUGAGAGAGAGGUGGCUGUUCAUUGGCUCUGUGUGCAGUAAUUUAAGUGAUGCUGUGUGUACUGUACUGUACACACAAAUGUUAUGUUUUAAAUUGUUCUGCUAAACCUUUUUAAAGCACUUUCACAGUUUAUUGCUACAUACUUUUGGUAGGUCAUAAUACACAUGUAUGUAAUACAUGACAUUGUACAUGCUUGAAAUGGAUACCUCUUUUCUGUAGUAACGUAGGAAUUUUCAACUGUUUUGUAACUUCUGGUAUAGGUCCAACGACAUGAUAAAAUAUCUUUGGGUCUGAAAACGUUCUCUCUUACAAGUUACUGCAGAUCACAUUUUCUGUUUUCUUUUUAUCAUAGUAGAACGACUAAAGCCCUCAUCUUAAUUCAAGGUAUUUAGUACAUUCUGUAUUUUGACCUGGUGGGUAUUUAUUUUCACCUUUUUGUAUGACACUGUACAUCUCCACAAAUCGGUUUUGUAUCAACAUUAGGUUGUAGAGUACUUCGGUAUCAGAUAAGUAAAGAAAAUGUACAGUGUUUUUAAUCUCGUCCUCCUAUGACAGAUUUUUGAAAUUAUAUCACACCCUUUAUACUAGUUGAUUGAUGUAUCAAAAACACCUAUUGGAAAACCGCACCCACCCAAAGUAUUAAGUAACAAGACUAUAAAACAAUAGGGAGCUUUAAAAUGGAUGAUUCUGUAUGUAGUUGUCGUUUACGUUUCAUAUAUUUUCUAUUCGUGUAAUGCUACCGCUGUUUGGUAACAGCUGCUCCUCAUAGGCCAAGCUCUCUGUAUUGUGACUCACUGUACUCCUGUUAACGCAGUUGAAAGCAAUUGAACAUUGUGAUGUGAAGUUAACGAGCACUUAAUUCAGCUUAAACUCACAUGAUCAUGUUGAACCUAGAACAGUAGUCUGCUACUCUUGUCUGAGCCCGUGCUUUCUCUUCUCUGGAACAUUACUGGUUUAUGUGUCCAUGCCUUUUAAAAACCAUAGCUCACAGAAAAAUACACGUUUGUCAAAUGUUUCCAUAGCUCUUGUCGUCUUGUGUCAAACUGUGUCCACGUUCAUGUCUCAACGAAAUAGAAUUAGAUUGUGCCAAUGUCUUACAUUCAUUUGGGAUUGAAGCCUGUUGAUUUCUCCUAAUGCAUAUAGCAGGGUAAACACAAUUGAAUGGAAUAUAGACUCGGUGGCUCUCAAACCUGCCAAAUGAUAGUAUUUUCUUUCGAUAGGUGUUAGAUUUAGAUCAUUUCAGUACUAGGCUGUGGUCCACGCAGCACACGAUCAUAUUGGUUCAUCAAGGCACUGUCAUUUUUAACAACCUUUUAAAACUUGAAUUAUAUUUUGUUCUUUAAUUUCAUUAUUUUUGUAUUGUUUGGUACUACAGAUCAACAUGUUCACAAACAUGAGUAUUUUAUUGAUAACUGAUUUGACAUGGUAGAUAUCUAUGAUGGAUAUUAGGCCUAUUCAUUCUGAGCCACAUCUCAGGUCCUCUGGCUGUCUUGUCAUGGUUUGUAAGGAGUACCUAGUCUUUAAGCCUUCUCUAACCUUCAAUUAGUGACCAUUGUAAACUGGACCAUUGUAUGCUUACCCCAACACAAAAGCAAUUUGUGCAGAACUAUAUCAUUUUCACCCAAGACUGGAUGCACCCCUUCCAUUCUGAAAGGGAAAGGAAGGCAAAUCAGAAUCCGUUUUACCAGUUGGGGACAUAUUUUGUAUCCGUUUGUAAUGAUCAUUUGUUGUUAUGUUAAAAAAACAAAAACACGUGGAUUCUCUUAGGUCAUUGUGUUCUGAUUUGAUCCUCUAUUGGUAUUGCACAAAGAUUAUCCAGGCCAACCCAAUAGCCUUCUUUUUUUUUUGCACCUGUUUUGAAACUUACUCACUUUAUGCUCGUUGGACUUGAACACAACAUUCAGCCUGUACAAUGACCAUAUAGUUGUCAUUCUGUUUGCCACAGACAUUGUAGAUUUGAACCAUGUUUUUACAUGAUCCUCGCUGAAGAGGAUGUCAAACAGUAGGGUUAUGAAGACUGAGUUAUCAAAGUAUUAUCUUCCAACACAGACUUUGAAAGGGGCCCUUUCUGAAUCAUAUGUUUCUGUUCCACACCUUCCAGUUAUUUUUUUUAUUUUGUGCAAUACUAUUUGUUAAUUCUGUCAUUACAGGUGAUUGACAUGCUCUCCCAGACAUUAGGAAAAAGUGUUUUCAGAGGAACUAAUUUCUCCAGUCAUAUAGUGAAACUGCUUUGGGGAUUACGCCGGGGUCGUAUCUAUCAAUGUUGCUUCAAUUAAAAAGUGGAUGAACACAGAGUUACCAUAUUGUUUUACUGUUCAGCAGUCAUUAUUGCAUAAUGUUAAGACUUGUACAUAUAUUGCAUUUAACUUGCAUAGGAUAAUGUUACUGUGGCGUGCUAUUUGCCUGUAAAAUUCUGCUUCUAAAUGUGUGUGUGACUGUGAGGAUGCCGCUCUUUUGUACAUGACUGCCUUUUUAUUUUUUUCAUUCUAAAGGAGGUUGAGUUGGAGCUGAGGAGUUCAGACAUACCUGAAGUUUGACUUAAAUAAAGCUGUACUGUGUCUCA